AUGCGCCGUGCCGUUUCGAUUCUGAUCCAAGGCCUUAUCGCUUCGCAAGCUGAUAUGCAGUCUACUGUAGUUUACCAUCGUGGUACUGUGUCUACUCAGAUUGGCCCUGCUAGUCUUAUGGACGCUCCCUCUGUAUGCUGCAUUACGGACACGCGCGACCAUCGCAACAGCAGCGCUGGAUCUAGCCGCUACCAUCGCAAUAGGGCUUUUGUCGCCUCUGGAGCAUGCAAAGUCGCUGCGACCGUCGAUCUUACUCAGCAAUGGCUCCUCCCGGGCUCAUCCGCUACUUCCGCCGUAUUCGUAGCUGCACUGGCUAUCAAGAGCCUGUUGCUGGUUCUGGAGGCCCUUUCAAAGGCGAGCCACAGUCAUACGCAGGGCCCAGAUAUGCCAGAGCGGAGGAGCGGUAUCUACAGCCUUAGUUUCUUUGCCUGGCUGAACCCGUUGAUUUAUCAAGGCAAUUGGGGCAAUUUGACGGUCCAUGAUUUGUACCCAAUCGAUGAGCAUAUUUCGUCCCAGUCAGUCCACGAGCGAGUUCAGAAGCAGUGGAAUUCCAGUUCCAAAGAUAAAAGCUAUUCUCUCGCCUUAGCGAUAGCCAAGGCGCUCUGGGCUCCAGUCACCGUAACUAUGGUCCCUAGACUUGUUUUAAUCGCAUUCAGUAUGGCCCAGCCAUUUUUGAUUGAAGAUGCUAUCAAUUUUGUCGAGGGUGGAACCGAACCCAAUCAAUAUGGUUAUGGGCUGAUUGGAGCUUUUGGAAUUACAUAUCUUGGAAUUGCUAUUUCGACAGCGUGGUACCAGUAUCUGACUUCUCGGGCACUCACGAUGAUUCGCGCGGCGCUGAUCAGCAUCAUCUACAAGUCGAGCCUUGAUAUCGCCGUGGGCACUGUAGAGGCGUCUUCGCCUGCAAGCUUGAUGGGGGCCGAUGUCGAGCGUGUCAUGUCGACGCUUCAGUGGGUCAUCAGUACAGCCCCCAACAUUAUUCAGGCUACCGUCGCCAUCUGGAUGUUAGAGACACGUCUCGGGGCAAUUUGCGUGGCACCUGUCAUUUUGCUUCCGAUUCUGGCAUACGCAUCUAGUCAAGUUGCUAAGAAAAUCCGGCCGCGCCAGCGACAAUGGAUGCAAGCAGUUCAGAAACGUGUGGCUUACACCUCGGAUGUUCUCGGCUCGAUUAAGGGUAUGAAGAUGCUUGGUCUCACCAAUAUGAUCACUGGGAACGUGCAAGAUCUGAGAGAACAAGAGUUGCAAAAGUCGAAGCGUUUUCGAUAUGUACAGAUCGUCAAUAUCACCCUCGGAAAUGCCGCAAACAUACUGUCUCCCGUCGUCACCUUCAUCGGCUAUGGCAUUAUUGCGAAGUACUCGUCCGGUAAGGCACCAAGUGCCGCAACCAUCUUCUCGUCGUUGUCUCUGCUGUCGGUGUUGAUCAGUCCGGUGAACGAGCUAGUCUCAGCCAUUCCCAAUCUAGCCUCCGCGUUAGAGUGUUGCAAUCGUAUUCAACAGUACACGGAAGGCAAGAAACAGGUCGACUUCAGACGCCUGACCCGUGAGCCCAGAGUUUCUGAUGUUGAGACUGAUAGGGAGCCGAAAUACGAGAAAUCCGAAAGCGGCACCAGCAUCAUUGAACUUAGGCAGGUCAAUGCAGGCUGGUCUCCAGAGAAGACCGUCCUCCACGACCUCUCCGUGCAGAUUACUGCGGGCACACUAACCAUCGUUGUCGGGCCCGUUGGAUGCGGAAAAUCCACUUUACUCCAGAUCUUGCUAGGCGAAGGGAUCCUGCACAGCGGCUCAAACAUCGUUGGCAACUUGGAUUAUGAUCAGGAAUGGUAUAUCUCUUGUUUGCGGGCAUGUGCCUUGGACGUUGAUAUUCGUCAGUUUCCAGACGGCGAUAGUAGCCGAGUGGGAAGUAAAGGUAUUUCAUUGAGUGGCGGGCAGAAACAACGCUUGACCGUCGCUAGAGCCGUCUACGCCCGGAAGAAGAUUGUCCUGAUGGACGAUUGCCUCAGCGGGCUGGACUCGGAAACGGAACGGCACUGCUUUCACCAACUGUUAAGUCAAGAUGGAUUAAUACGAAACACUGGUGCUACUAUUAUACUGGUUACUCAUGCCGUCAAAUGGCUCCCGUAUUCAGAUCAGAUCCUCGUUCUUAGCCCAGAGGGUCGCCUAUUACAGUUCGGCACAUACCAAUCUCUCACAUCAGUACCCGGACAUCUUCAUAAUCUCAACUUGAAAGAAAACGGAUUCGAGAACGCAAGUUCCAUUACGAAGCUGGAUAUCAAUUCAAGUACAUCAGAUUCUCCAAUACCCGACGAAAAGAGGGAUAAGGAGGAAGCAGGUGAAAGAGGCGGACGUCGAGAUCCCCGUAAUCUUUUAUACUACAUUAACACUAUGGGCAAACCAGCUUUUGGCUUAUUUCUACUUUUCACCACCAUACAGUGUAGUUUUAUCGCACUACAGCCACUGUGGCUCAGCUGGAUGAGGGCUCCUAUGACUUUUAUCUCGGCCACGGACUCGGGAUCUCUCUUGAACCGGUUCACUCAGGAUAUGACCCUAAUGGAUAUGCAAUUACCAAUGUCCCUUUUGCUUUCCACCGAAGGACUUGGCAAAACCAUCGCCGGAGCAAUCCUGACUUGCGUCUCCUCAGGCUAUAUGGCCCUGUGUCUGCCUGUUUUAGGAGUGGCGCUCUUCUAUCUUCAAAAGUACUACCUCCAGACCUCCCGGCAGAUGCGGCUACUCGAUCUCGAAGCCAAAUCCCCGCUCUAUACGCAUCUCACUGAGACCUUGGACGGGGUGCGGACCAUACGUGCAUUGAAAUGGAAGGGGUACGUCCUUAACCAAAACUUUGGACUGCUCGAUCUUGCGCAACGACCGUUCUAUCUGCUUUUGUGCCUGCAGAACUGGUUAAAUCUCGUGCUAGAUGUUGUCGUCGCUUGUUUGGCUAUCAUCCUCAUUGCUUUAGCCGUGACGCUGCGGCAUUCGAUGAACAGCAGUCUGCUGGGAGUUGCGAUGGUUAGCAUUGUGAGUUUUAGUCAAACGCUAUCAUCUUUCGUGAAUUACUGGACUAGUAUCGAGUCGUCUUUGGGGGCUAUUGCGAGAACACGGCGAUUUGUCGCAGAAACGCCGGCAGAACUGUCCGACGGAGCAGCAGUCGUCUCUGUAGAAUGGCCUUCGGACACUUCUAUCGAGUUCAAGGAUGUCUCUGCUUCAUAUCAGGUCUCCGGUCCCGAGGUCGUACAGAAGAUUAAUCUGAUCAUCGAUGCUGGGCAGCGGGUCGCGAUUUGUGGCCGCACGGGUUCGGGCAAAUCCACUCUCGUCGCACUUCUCCUACGCCUGCUAGACCCCAAGUCUGGCGUCGUGUCCAUUGGGCACGACGACAUCUCUUCGCUUUCCCCAGAGACAGUCCGCGGGCGCAUCAACUCGCUGCCACAGGACCCGUGGUUUCUGCCGGGGGGACAUGAAACUGUGCGUUCCAACUUGGACCCUCUAAGCGAAGCCACAGAAUCCCAGAUCCAAGUUGCAUUGGAAAAAGUCGGAUUGACAGAGCAGAUCCGGAGGAUGGGCGGCCACGAUGCAGAAAUGCGUGGGAGUCACCUGUCCGCUGGACAAAGACAAUUGUUCUGUUUGGCGAGGGCCAUGCUGAUGCGGAGAAGUAAAAUCUUGCUGCUGGAUGAGGCAACAAGCAGUGUCGAUGUACCUACGGAGGAGACCAUGAUGUCCAUCUUGCGGACCGAGUUUCAAGGCUGGACUAUCAUAGCAAUCGUCUAUCGGCUACAGAGCAUCCAGGACUUUGAUCGCGUGGUGAUGCUGGAUCAGGGCCGGGUUGUCGAAUGUGAAAGUCCGACGGUGCUUCUUGCGGAUGAGGGCUCGGCUUUUGCGAAGCUGUAUAGGAAUGGGGGGUGGCAGUCAUCUUAG